AUGGAAUCAACAGAGUUCAAGUUUAAACCGUACGAGUGGCUGAAGGACGUUGAGAUAUUCAACAAAAACAACGAGCUGGUACCACACGAAUGGCUGCAAACUAACGCUGACGUUAUAUGCCUCCUCUUCUCAUCCUAUGAGACAGACAAGGAUGGAGUUAUCGAGAAGUUCUACAGCAUUUACGAGAACGUGAAACACGUGAACCUUCCCAUUGAAGUGAUAAACGUACCGAUGGACGAAACUGAGGAAGAUAUGAUGAAGUGUUACGAGGAGCAGGCGAACUGGUUCACUGUGAAGCAUUCAGACCCGGUCAUACCGGUGUUGAAAUAUAUGUACGAGGUGACAUCUGUACCGCAUUUGAUAGUUAUUCAGCUGGACGGCUCUAUAGUGUCCCGACACGGAAUCCUGGAUUUGGAGGAAUACGGGAAGAACGCUGUCAUCACCUGGACCUCAAAAACGUCAACUGUGACGAAACAUAGGAAUCUGAGCAAGGAGCUCAUGAUGUAUGGAAAAGAUUGGGUUUAUAUGAAAGUAGACCAGAAGUUUGGAAAGACUGAUUAUCAGAAACGAUUCAGCACACUGCUAGCGGAGGACAAACGUUGA